AUGUUGAUCCUAUCAUUACUCUGCAUAAUUGGUGUGGUCACUGCGAAUACGGAAUGUAUUUGGGCAGUAGGAAGGCUUCUGUGUAAUAAGAACCAAACGCGAGUGCUGAACACCGUGAUCGAGGUGUGGGACAAGGAUUCGGCUAUCAUUCCACUGUUGAACUUCCUGAAUCCUGACGAUAAAGCUGGGUUUACGGUGGUUGAUAACGAAAAUGGAAUAUUCAAAGUAGAAGGGUGCGCCGCAGAUUACGAUUUGUUGGGACCUCUUCUUCCUCCGAAUCGACCAGACUUCUACUUCCAUGUCAGGCAUAUGUGCGAUUCUGAUAAGUUAGUCUUGAUGAUGCUUGAAGCAUUUGCUACCGUUUAUUGGUUGGAAUCGUUUUUUUUUUUUGCGAAACUGUGA